AUGAGCACCGCCAGCGCGAUCAGCGACGUCGACUGGCACCGUCUGCACGCCGCGGAUGAACCAAUCAGGCACUCUAAAAAUCUUGAGCAGGAAGGGCACCUCCACGAAGGCCAGAAUGAUGCCUUGGACAAUGGCCAGGAUGGCAAACACGAUCACAAUGCUGAAGUGGAAGAUGUUGGCGAUGCCCAGGGCAAUCGACAGAAAUAUCAGCACAAUGCCUAUCCAUUGGCCGUAGAGACUGCUGUUAGGUAUCGGGCGGCGGCACUUACCUGA